AUGCAACUUAAAUCGGUAACCUCUGGUGGAUUUCCACCGACCACAGCCACCAAACUGACGAAUUGGCUCGAUCGAGUUGCGUUCGCUAAAAUACUAAUCAUCCUUAUAUGCCUUACUCUGUGUGUGCCUUGCAGAUGUGCGAAGAAUUCCAGUGACGGUGAACAAACGCGGAAUCAUGCAACCGAUCUUUACGACAUUGAGGGUGAGAAGGUUCCUUCCUGUCAGAUCGCGGACAUAGCCGAGCUAAUCUGUGAAACGCGGACGGAAUCUCAUGUUAACGUUCCGAUUCGAAAUGUUAUCGGAAACGUUCGAGAUGAAAACCAAGAUGCGGCGAGAAGCAUGUCAGAAGAGCAAUCGUUGCAUCGAGCACCAAACACCGUUGAAUCGAUAAACCCGUCGGAGUCAAAGGAAUAUUGUAGUGGCUGUAUGAUAGAAUCAUGCAAACUAGGACAAUGCGGCAAAGAUGUGGAGCGGUUCACACAUGCCAGCGUACAAAACGCUGCCAGGUCUGAAGGUCAAAUGAAAUGUCGCUGUGAAAGACAUCACAGAUUGGAUGGGAGUAGAGCCCCGAUCGACCAUACAAGGACGGUUAAAACGAGUAGUGAUGAUUAUAGGGGGUUGUUGAAUUCAAUAACACUCGAUAAAUUGCCGCAAGCGCUGUACAUAGCAUAUCGUGCUCCAUUCGUGAUGCUAAAACACCACUUCGCACUUUACGAGCGAUUCGAGGAAAGUGUGAUCUGGCACUUCAAUCAUUAUGUACAAGAACCCCUCGCCGGUUUCUAUAAGAGCUGCAGCUACACUUUCUACUCGUGCGCCCGUAACAUCGUACAUAAGGCGCUUGCACAGCUGACUGUUCAACUCAAAGCACGCGCCAUGCUUAAAGGUGAAUACAUGGCCAUGAAUGUGAACUUGGAGGAUUUCAUGCGAGAAGAACACAAUGUUCACCAACAUGUUUUCAUCACCAAAGAUGCUAAACUGUUCUCAAUCAGGAACAUUGCUGCGCAGUUAUAUCGAACAACAGGAAUAAAGCAUUGCAUUUACUGGUGGCACGCCAUCACACGGAAUUCAAAGAGGCGUAUUCAAGGGAAUUACACGUUGCCAAAACUAUUGACGGCUAUUUAUGGCAAUAAAACCAGACUUAUUAUAAAGGGCUGUGAGGUUUAUCUUCUAUGGGUAACGUUUUCUACAGGAUAUUUAUUCCUGGAGAAUUUGGAUUAUUCCGAAGAUAUUCAUGACGUAGAAGCCUCUGUAAAGGAGAUAUUUGGUUCACUUGCCCCGUCGCCAUUUGCUAUCAAGCGAUUUUCGACAGCUGUAUAUGACGCCGUUAUUCACCUUGUAGCGUGCGCUGACCACAAGAUGGAGCUGUUUUAUGGUCACCUGUCAUGUAUAUAUCCGGAGUUUGAAUUACUGCUGCCCCAAUCUCGAGUGGAACGCAUAGGCGUAACGCUGGCUCUCCUAUUCUUUGUUUACACGGUUCUCUGGUUUAUUCUCGCUACGAUUAGAGCUCUAUUGGGAAUUAUCUGCAUUGUUGUCAGAGGCGUCAUAACGUUGAGAUUCGCAUAUGUGGCAUAUGACAAGUUGAAAAGGUGGUACGACAAUUCAUUCUUACGUUGGUCAUUUGAUUUACUGCAAACUGAAAAGAACGAUAUAAAAUCGCAAUCGCUAGCCAAAGGUCGGAUGAAGAUGAAAAAUAUGCACGCGGCUAAUCCACAAACGGAUCACCCUACCGUGAACAGAAGAAAAGGUGCUGAUUGUCCCAAAAAAUCGGUCGCACUUUGGCACGGCGUAUCGCGACGAAGUAGAUUGACCGAAUCUGUCGUAAAUGAGUCCAACAAGGACCGGUAA